AUGAUUCCAAACCCUCCAGCUAGUCCCCUUCCCUCUCACGGCCCUCAUCCUCCGCCCCCCUUCCUCCACGCCCUCUCCCUCCUCCGCCUCUCCCCCGACGACCUCUCCGUCUACCUCGCCCCCGACCUCGACCUCCUCGACCCCCUCGACUCCCCCGACCUCCCCGCCAUGCCCCUCUGGGACCAGCUCACCUCCUGGCCCGACGACGACAAGCAGCCUCCCUCCUUGUCCUUCGCCGACGCCGUCGCAGCCGGCAAGGCCGAGGGCGAGGCCGGGAGGGCGGGGGCGCGGGGGAAGGGGAGGUACGCGCGGGAGGCCUGUCAGCUCUGCCGGCAGCGGAAGCUCAAGUGCGACGAGCGUCGGCCAUGCGGGCAGUGCGUGCACUUCAGGACGGACUGUGAGAGUCAGGCAGGUCAGCGGAGGGGGCGGAAGCCGAGGGCCGAGGCGACGACGGAUGCGAGGGGGCAAGCCAGCGGCUGGAUAGAGGGAAGCGUGGAGCUGACCGAGAUAGCGGAGGGCUUCUUGGUAUAG